CUUCCAUUUCCCUCCAUUCUUUCUAGGAGCUUCCAAAUCUGCCUCCCCCGCGGGACUCCAUCUCGCGCUAUCACCACCACCCCACCAUCACAAACUUGCACCGUCUGCCAUUGCCACGCCAUAUAUCUUUCCCUCUCGCCUUUCCUUAACUUGGCUACCACUCUUGAACCACUCCAGAUUCUCGGACCAUUGGGUCCAUUUCAUUAAUUCACCAUGGUUGCCGAAACAAAACUAUACGAUCAUUUGAGUAUCAAACCCGACGCCUCUCAAGAUGACAUCAAGAAAGCCUACCGAAAGGCCGCCCUGAAAUACCAUCCCGAUAAGAACAAAGACAACCCCAGCGCCGGCGAGAAGUUCAAAGAGGUCUCCCAAGCCUACGAAAUCCUCUCCGACCCCGAAAAGCGCAAAACCUACGACCAAUACGGCCUUGAAUUCAUCCUUCGCGGCGGCGUCCCACCCCCCGAAGGCGCCGAGGUGACGGUGUUGGAGAAGCCGUUGCCGGUGACGUUGGAGGAGAUCUUCGGGGGGACGACGAAGAAGAUGAAGAUUAAGCGGAAGACGUACGAUCAGGUGACGGGAAAGCAGAGCAUUGAGGAUCGGAUCUUGGAGGUACCGAUCAAACGGGGGUUGAAGCCCGGGAGCAAGAUCAAGUUCUCGAACGUGGGCGAUCAGACGGAGGGAGGGACGCAGGAUCUGCAUUUCAUCGUGAAAGAGAAAGACCACAUGCUCUUCAAGCGCGACGGCGACGACGUCCGCACCACCAUCGACCUCGACCUCAAAGAAUCCCUCCUCGGCUGGCGCCGCACCGUGUCCACUAUCGACGGCAAGCAGGUGAUUGUGCAGCACGGCGGGCCCACCCCGCCCACUUGGGAGACGCGGUAUCCGGAGCUCGGCAUGCCCAAGAGCAAGAAACCCACCGAGCGCGGCGACUUUGUGGUGGGCGUACGGAUUAAGUUCCCGGCGAGUUUGACGGAGCAGCAGAAGGAGAUUCUGCGGGAUGUGCUGUAGAUGGGUGGGGAUUGGCUGAAACAGUUAAGCACGAUCACGUCUGGUGGCGGAUGUGCGGCGGCGGACUCCUUUCGCAUUCCUGUGUUUCCGAGGUGGUUUUAAUCGUUGCAUCUGAUGUGUAUGGGUAUACAAAGGCAUAUCGGUUGGUCAAGGCGGUCGAGCAUUCUCACCGUUACAGAGGCGACUGAGGAAUUGGGGAUCAGCAUAGGGGCGAUGUGGCGAGGGCCAACGACAUUAGAUGAUU